AUAAAAAGUCUCUCUCUUUGUCUGCUGUGCCAGAAUCCUCUUCUGUUAAUUCUUCCAGCAGUACUAGGUUCCUCUCCAGUGAUAAAAAUGAAGCUGAAGAAGUAGAUGUACAUGGAGCGAGCAGGCCUACUGAUGUUAUCAGUGGCGACUCUCCAGAUGUAUUAAUCAGUAGUGAGUGGCAUGAUCAUGAUCCAGAGAGCUCGGGGCAGGAUGACACCACUUUUCCAGACACGGUGAGCUCAAGUGCUUAUGAGAAGCGACAGCAGAAGGCUGCUGACAACUGGGCUGAAGUGCGUGUCCAGUUGCUACGUGCCAGUGUAGAAACCGGAAUUCCUUCUCCUUGUUCUGUGUGUGCCGAGUGUGAAGAACCCGCUGUUGCAAUUUGCCGGGAUUGUGGACCACAGGCAUACUACUGUGCCAACCAUGUGGACUCAGUACACUCUCUGACAAAUAUUUUUCAUCAACCUUUUCUCUGGAAAGUAUGCACUAAUCAAACAUACUGCUGUACAUUUUUGUGAUUAUUAAAUGCAUGCGAUCUGAUUUUACAGAAUGGAAUGCUUCACCCAUACUAUUUCAAGCAGUCGAGAACCUUUCCAGCACUUCAUUGUUGCUGUACAACUUACAUAAAAGAAGUUGUUUGUCUUGACCCUAAAGGUUUCCAGCAUUGUGUGUGCGUAACCUUCUGCAAGUGUGAGCCUGAGGCUGUUACUCUUGUGCGGCAUAACAUGUGGCCAGCGACACCAGCAACUCCCACCCUAGCAUUUCAUCAGGAUCUGCUACUAUGGAUGGAGUCACUUUUGCUGGAAGGGUGUAUUGGUGUCGAUGCUUUUUGUCGUUCUCUUGAAUACAAAAUUGGAAGAGAUAUAUCAGCAAACAACUCCGGAAGAUCUAUCCUGUCAUGAUUGAUGCAUUUGAAGAAUAUAGGUUCAAUAGAUAUAAACUCGACUGUCUUCUAUUUUUGUCUCCUGACUUGAACACUAUACAGCUAUCUGCCCUGCCUGUCCUCAGAGCAAUGGAACUCAAAUUAUAUCCAUGGAUGGUGUAUUUGGACUAUGUCGGAAAAAGUCUGCUGGUGUUAGUGUUCGACCACCACUCUUCUCUGGUGUAUUCUUUGAGGAACAGCAAGCAGUAGAUGAGUUUGUUGCUGAUUAUGAUACAUUUGGCCAGAUAAUCGACAAGGGGUGUCAUGAGUUCCUCGCUGGAGACACUUUGCGCUCCAAAUCAAGGUACGCAGCUCUAGAUGAAACUGCCGUGUUUGGAAGCAUCUGUCGUCAUGAGUUUCCCCAGAGAUUUCUGAAUAUGAAGCAUGGAGAAAGGCUAGCAUAUCCUGUGUACCUGCUAAAGAAGGCACACCAAAACAAGGGUGACAAGUGUCUGUUGUUACUGUAUGAUAUUGCCUGCUUACUUGAAACUCAUCUGAAGAAUCGUGGACAUCUUGACAUGUUAGAAAAGACAACAUUAGGAGGAGUGCCAAUUUUUCAUGUCUAUGGGCAUUGUGCAUUCUGUCAGCUGACAUAUUCACCUAGAGUCCUAACUGGAUGCGGACUUACUGAUGGUGAAGCUAUGGAGAGACUGUGGUCAUAUCUAAGAAGAUUUGCUAAAUCCACCAAAGAAAUGCGACCAUCUCAUCGCAUUGAUGUCCUUACCUCAGCUCUAUUACAUUAUAUGCAUCAAGAGUACGUCUUAAUCUAGAUGGUCAAUCGAUUGCUGCACGCCUUGCAAAGAAGAUAUCAUCAAGUACGAGUACGCUGAAACGAACAGUGAGCAGAUUUAAUGGUAUGCGUCAUAAUCAAUUUGAAGGAGUAGCAUACCAUCUGCCAGCCAAUUUGAAUUGGGAGACAGUUUCCAAUUUGGAAGAAUUGUCUACGUUGGAGGUCGCGUCGGCGCUGGAAAUUGUACCAUUCCCAUUCAUUUGUGGAUAAAAGUUGUGAGAGCGUGUAAUAUGAAGGAAAGGGCAACGGAAGAAGUGAAGAUGAUAAUGGAAGAAAUUAAUACUGUUGCCAACAACCUGAAAUACGAGCAUUCCGUAAUAAGUCGUCAUAUACAGGAUAUCGCCACAUCUGAUAGUCUGUCUCUGUUUCAGAAAGGUUGCCUUAACCUUUUGCACCGAAGAUUAUUACUUUGCGAAUCUUAUUUAAUUACGUUUUCCAGAACAGUUAACCAGAACAGUUAACCAGUAUCAUAUUGUAGAGCUACCUGAUACGAGCUUAUUAGGUCCAGAUGGUUCAUUUUUUUACAAUUGUCAAAUUCAUGAACAUGAUUACCCUUCCGUUACUGAUAUUAUUUGUACAGACAGUAGUAGUGAUGAUGAUUCUGACGUGGACAAUUGAACACUUAUCUUUUUUAUGUACUUUAAUUAAUAAUUUAUUAAUCACACUUUAAUUAAUUAGCUAUAGGCAGUCAUUAUUUCUUAAACAUCAAUGCCUUUUAUAAA